GCUCAACGAAACUUAAAAUGUACCUCUACACCUCUAAACUUCCUUUAAAAUCAAAAUUUAUUUUCCGAAUUAUUCGAAAUUUUCAUUCCUUUACUCCCGUUACCCCUUUUCGUCCACAAAAUUAUUCUUCCUAUUUGGGGAGGGGAGUACCAACAGUUGGGAUUCGAAGGGAGACGAUUAAUGCUUGGGAGAGAAGAGUCCCAUUAACACCAAAUCAUGUAAAAGUUUUGACAAAGAAGGGAGUUCGAGUAAUUAUUCAGCCAUCAAAUAGAAGGGCUUUUCCAAUACAGGAUUAUAUUGGGGCGGGCGCAACGGUUCAAGAAGACCUUAGCCAAGCUCAAUUAAUUGUUUCUGUUAAACAAGUGCCAGUUGAAGACCUAAUCGCAAACAAAACAUAUGCGUUCUUUUCCCACACAAUUAAAGCGCAACAAGACAAUAUGGAAAUGUUGGACAGUAUUUUGGCAAGAAAAAUUAGAUUAAUUGAUUUUGAGAAGAUGACGGAUGUUGAGGAUAGACGACUUGUAUAUUUUGGAAAAUGGGCGGGAUAUACGGGAUUUAUUGAUAUAUUGCAUGGAUUGGGACUUAGACUUUUGGCUUUGGGGCAUCACACACCUUUUAUUCACAUUGCUCACAUGGCAAUUAAUGCCGUUCGCGAUUGUGGUUAUGAAAUAGCCCUGAAUCGGAUGCCUAGAAGCAUUGGGCCCCUAAUUUUUGUAUUUACCGGAACAGGAAAUGUUUCCAAAGGCGCCCAAGAACUUUUUAGACAUUUUCCCCACGAAUUUGUUGAUGCCAGUACUUUACCUCAAGUAGCCAAGAAAGGACAAUUAAACAAAGUUUAUGGUUGUGUUGUUUCUCGUGCUGAUCAUAUGAUUAGGAAGGAAGGAGGAAUUUAUAAGCGGGAGGAAUUUGAGAAGCAACCUGAACUUUAUGUUUCCAAGUUUGCUAGUGAAAUUGCCCCCUACGCUACAGUAAUCUUGAAUUGUGUCUUUUGGGGAGUAAAUACACCAAGAUUGCUUACUAUACCAGACGCUAAAAUUCUAUUAACCCCCCGAGUGAAUAAAAGUUUGGAAGUGCCAGGAUGCCCUUCCCUUCCACAUAGAUUAAUGGCUAUUUGUGAUAUUUCUGCUGAUCCUGGAGGUUCUAUCGAAUUUAUGACUGAAUGUACAACUAUCGAUAAACCUUUUACUGUUUAUGAUGCUGAUUUGAACCAAUCAACUGAUAGUUUUGAUGCCCCCUCUGGAUGCCUGAUUUGCUCCAUAGAUAAUAUGCCUGCCCAACUUCCAGUAGAAGCUAGCGAACAAUUUGGCUCUCUUUUAUUACCUUAUGUAAUGGAUUUGGUUAGAAAAGAAUACAAAAAUUUGUUUGAAAAAAAGUUUUUAAAGCUGAAUUGUUCAACAGACCAACCAUUUAAUUCCCUACAAUGUUCUGAGGAAGUUAAACGUGCAAUAAUUACGACAGAUGGAGAAUUGACCCCAAAUUAUAAAUAUAUUGAAGAGCUUAGGAAUGAGCAGAGGUAGAAGGGGGGGGGGAAUAAAUUUGUUGAAAAAUGAUAAGAGUACAAAAGAAAUGAUAAGAGUACAAAUAAAAUGAUUGAUUACCCCCCCCCCCCCCCCCAAUUACUCUCAUUUACUAAAAUUUGCUUGCCAGUCGGACCUCAUUUUUAUAGGCACUAAAAUUAGUAAUAAGUUGAGGGAGAUGAGUAGAGGAGCGGGAGGAGCUGAUAGAGGGGAGUGGGGGAGCUGUUAAGCAGUGGAGAGCUGCUAAGAGCUUCUUUAUUGGGUUAAGGAGCUUUCUAAGCAAUACUUUGCACC